CGGAUUUGUGGGCUUCCGUUCUGACGUCAGAACAUUAGACGAACCCACGUGGUUAAUAAAAACACCAUGGCGGCUGGAUUCAAAACUGCUGAGCCCUUGGAAUAUCACCUGAGGUUUCUGAAAGAGAACUGCCGUUCUGAUGGAAGGGAGCUGGGUGAAUUCAGAACCACGACAUUGAAUAUAGGUUCUAUAUCCACAGCAGACGGCUCAGCCCUGGUGAAGAUUGGAAACACCACAGUCAUGUGUGGCAUCAAAGGGGAACUGGCAAACCCACCAGUGGAUGCACCCAAUAAAGGUUACAUWGUACCCAAUGUAGACCUGCCUCCUCUGUGUUCGUCACGGUUCCGUCCUGGACCACCCGGGGAACAGGCUCAGGCCGCCAGCCAGUUCAUCGCUGAUGUCAUAGAGAGCUCUGCCGUCAUCCAGAAAGAGGACUUAUGCAUUCUGAAAGGAAAGGUGGUACAUCAUUAUCAGGUGAGAAGCUUCAYGAUUGUAUCAGCAGAGCCACGACGAGACACAAGGAGGUCCGCAAACUCAUCGACAAAGUCAUACAGAGCGCCGAGACACCGAAAUAAACACACACACACGUUUAUGUUUCUCUAAAAGUUGUAUUUUCCUGUCAAUAUAUAUUUUCUUUAUCACAAUAAACUGCUGAUAAAGACCAUUUUAAAACA